AUGGCGUCGAAGUCGGCCAGUUUAAGAAAAGCACAAGUGCCUCUGUCUUGUCAUUUUUGUAAUGAACAAGCAGUACAAUGGAAAUGUGAAGAAUGUGAUGUAUUCAUGUGUACGUCGUGUAAGGAGAAAAUCCACCAACGACUAAAAUCUGCUCAGGAUCAUGAAAUCGUCUCUAUUUCCGAUAUUUCGAAGGAGAAUUUUUCUCAAAGGGAUGUUGCAUCGGAGGUAAUUUCUUCAGUUUUUAAUACAUACACAACGGCAGUACCUGUUAUUAAUUCUCUAUCGUGCUCUGGUGAUGAGGAUGUAUACUUCACCUGUAAUAAACUACAAGAGAGGUCUCGAUUGGUUAAGGGGAGGAUGCUAAAAUCAUCCAUCAGGACAUUGGAAACAUUAGAAAAAAAAAUAUUUGACAUAGCUGUAAAUAAAGACGGUGAAACUUUUUUCAAUGAAAUAGGUUAUAAAGAAGUUUGUAUUUUAACUCAUGCAGGCGAGAUUAAAACCGUUGUGGAUACAUCACCAAUGAUACCCCUGUCUCUGCAUGUGAAUAAAGACAAUGAACUUAUAGUUGGACUAAGAGAACAUGGACCACCAUUUCCAACAACUGACUUUUCUAUUAGACAAGUUAUGAUAUUUGGUAAAGACUAUAAAAGGAAAGUAUCAUUAGAAACCGACACAAAAGGAAAAAAAAUGUUCAGCUAUCCCGCACGUGUCAAAACAGAUUCAAAAAAUGUAUUGUAUGUUUCUGAUUGGUUUAAUGUAGAUCUCAGCAGCGGUAGGGUAGUGGCAGUAGAGGCAAACGGUCGUCAGAAGUUUACAUACUAUGGUAAUCAAACCUGCAAAACAUUUUGUCCUUACGGAAUUGCUAUUACACCAAGUGAUAACAUUAUACUUUCAGACAAAAAUAGCAACGCAUUGCAUGUUUUAAAUACCAAAGGAGAACUUCUUGGUCUGCAUUUUAUUGAUAAAGAGUAUGAAAUUAAACGACCGCUCUCGUUGUGUAUAGACAAUGAAGGAUAUUUAUUAAUAGGAAAUGCUGCGAUACAAGACAAAAAAGACAGUCAUGCAAACAUUUAUGUGACAAAGAUAAUAGAGCAUUUUAUGUCAACAAGAUGA